UUUUUUAUGAAAAAAUCCGUGAACCAAGAAAUUAAAUUGGAGUGGCCUUAGCACCUAAGGACAUUGUGAGUGAAUAAAGACGAGCGUUGGCGCACGCUUUCACCACUCAGAGCUGCAGACACCAUGCAGUUGAGAGGAUCGACCGACAUGAAGGCCCUGAGUGUGACCUGUCUUCUGUCUCUGCUGUUCGUGCCGUUACACCAGACUGCAUCCGCAGCCGUUCCGGCACCACAGGCAGAACUAGCUGAAGACAACCCUGCCCUGGUAGAUAGAGUUAUCGACAGUGUUCUCGCAGACAAUGGUGAUGAGCUGGACAGUGCCCUGAGAGAAGUCAGAGGCCGCUUGGAUGAACAGGAAGAAUAUGCCACUUCCAAUUCUGAAGAUGCCCAGGUCAACGGAAAAGAGAAAAAGAACAUCUUUACGUCUCAGUUAAAGGAGAUGCUGGACUCUGUGUUGAGCCCAAAUGAUAAGAAACAUCAGACAAAAGCGGAUUCGACACUACAUGGGGGAACCGACGAAAAAUUUACUUCUGGACAAAACACACAAGAUGUUACCGAGAAGAGGAACACAGAGUUGGGUUCGGAAAAAGAACAGGAUGCUAAUGGAAAAGAGAAGAAGACCAUCUCAACUCCCCAGCUGAAGGAAAUUUGGAAGAAUGUUCUGGACCACAACACCGGCAAUCAUCCGUUAGCAGGGGUCAGGCGUGACCAAAGCACGGCAGAAGAAACAAUGCCCGUUGCAGGCAGCGCUGUUGAAACGAUGCCUGUUGCAGAAAACGCGGUUGGUUCCGGUCCUAACACACACGAGAAGAAGAGUGCAAAAGUCUUCUUGGCUCAGGCUGCGAAAGACAUCGGCACAAAGGUAGUAGACAAGCUCGGCGACAGGAUCGCGGAAGGUGUUGUGGAGAACCAUCAGGAGGAGGUAGUGAACGGGUUGCAGAACUACUUUUCAUCCCAACUGGAAGACUUCGACAAGCAGUACCAAGAGGCACUACAGUCAACAGGCAAUCUGGCGGCAGGCUUGGAUCGACCCGUUGAAGAGGCUGACAUACGGGUGAUCCCGUACGGCAGAGGGGAUGACAUGGGCAACACCUUCGUACCAGCAGGCUACGAGAUCAGCCACAGAUAUCAGUAUGCUGAUGAAGAGGAAGACGAACAAGAUGCCAUGACACCUAGUGGUGCUUACAGCUACCCGACCGGACUGGGCCCUGUGAUGAUGAACGGGUGUUUCGGGACCGCGUACGAACCAGGAGACCCUUGUUAUGCAUCUAAGAUACCUCAGACGAACUGCCCCAGUUUGAUCGACGGAGCGACGUUCCUGGGUGUUGGGUUUGACGGGAGAGGAGAGUACUCAGCUGACUCCAGGAAGAGAAGCAUCAUACAACGGUCAUGUAACAACCUUCAAACGUACGAAGAUUACGAGGUGCCUGACACCAUGACAGUCCAAGGCGUUUACGACACAGACGUCGAGUCCAACACCUUUUCCUCCAUGGAGGGAUACAGGCAGUACCUGGAACAGAAGUCCGCCGUCACUUCAGCCACGGCCAUGUUCCAAGAGGAGCUGAACAAGGCGUCUGGGUACGGCGCAGGGGGAGGAGCGUUCGGACUUGGUUGGUCAGCGGGAGGAGGGACCGCCAGUCAGAACGGUCGUCGCUCCGAGUCGUCGAACUUCGAAGCGCGUUCGAGAGCUGAAGGCGGGGUGGCCGAGAAAAACACACAGACGUUCAUGGCAAUGCUGGAGAUCAACGUCCUCAGGUACGAGAUCUUCAUGGACGAUGUGAAGCCUGCCGACCUGAACCUGGCCUUCCUGUGGGACUUCCUUAGGCUUCCGGUGUCUUACUUCUCCAUCGGCGCUGACACGAAGUUCCAAAACUUCAUCCUUCGCUACGGAACUCACUACAUUCAGUCGGCAAAGUUCGGCGGUCAACUGAAGAUCAUCAAGACCAAGGAGGCCAGCUCGGACCUCUCGGUCCGGGCGUUCUCGGAGAGAGCUCAGACGGACUGGAAGAAGACCUUCAGCACCUUCUCUGCAGAAGCCAGUAUGACCAAGUCCAGCAGCUGGUUCCACAAGCAUGAGACCAAGGAGGAAUCCGAGAAUUCUGAAGGAGAGGCCAGCCAAGACACAGAGAAAACUUCACAAGACUCUCAAACUGAGCAGACGAGUUCGUUUGAGUUCAGUAACGAGUUGAUGGUGGUCCAGGGAGGUGACCAGCAGAUCGCCGCAGCCAUCACCGAGAUGUACACCUCCUCCCUCAACACGGAGCUCAAAGCCUGGCUCGACUCUAUCAAGGACUACCCGAAAGCCUUCUCGUUCGUCAUGAAUCCCAUCACGGCUGCACUGGACAUCAACUUCAACUCGCUGUUUCCCAAUGGUGACGUGGACUUCGGCUGCCUGGGACAGAGUGACUUGGAAGUGGAAAAUGGAACAGACCGACGAUACUACAUCCAGGAGAAGACUGUGACAACGGCUGACAACGAGACUCGGGAAGUAUCCGAGAUUCGGUACUGCGACUUCAAUAAGAUGGAAGAACUUGCGGAGAAAGCGGCCAAGAGAAAGUUGGCCCUUGGACGAGCGAUCACUGUUUACCUGGAAGAGGGUCCCGUCCUGAGCACGGACUUCCUGUUGCCCGCUGGAGAGCCCGGAUGUGAAACCGCCACCCUGGCUUACCUGGACGGCAGCAACAGCGGCGCCCCGACCUGGGCCGAACUGGUCAGCGGGGACGAGUUCACCAUCAUCUUCGACAUGCCGUACGGCAUCAGCAGCAUUCUCCAGGCCUGGGAGAUAAUGACGGUCAAGUUUAAGAACAACCGUUGGUUCUCCUUCAGGACAGGGGAAACGCCGCAUCUGUACGAUGGCUAUGACAACGGGGGUAGCAACGACAUCAAUGGACAUAAGGUCAGCAUCCAAGGCCUUGUGAUGACGUAUGAUGAGGAGACGGGAGUAUUCACGGUGACAGAAAGCGACUUGGUGGCUGGCUGGGUGGAAGGACAGCAGGUCGCGAGGGCGGAGUACCACUCACUGCUUCAACAUUUAAGCAAGCAAAGCUCUACUACGGGCGAUGCACCUUGUAACAUCAAGUGGUCCAAUGCUCACCGCCUUGAUCCAACCAACGGAGGAAAGUGUAUCCACUUCACCAUAGCGUCGGAGGGCGACAUCUUUAUCGUGUUCGCCGGAAUUCCGCAGAAACACGAGACCUGGGUGUAUGUACAGAUAUCGCCAGAAGGCGUCGCACUCUACAAGUCCAUGCGACUGCUGACAACACAGCUCCAAGAUGGCGCAAGUAGUCUGGGAUCUUCCAACUUGUACCAGUCGUACUUCGUCUGCAUAACGGAAGAUACCGCCGGCGGGGUGACAACCAUACAGUACGGCAAGACGCCAGAUAACGAGGAGCGGCCCCAUGUCUGGUUAGACUUUGAGAUUGACGAGAUCCUCAGUCUUCAGUAUUACGCGUUUGGCAGUGGGAUGUACCCGGUCAAGGUCAUGGGCGUGUCCAUUAUAGAUCAACCGGCGCAAGACUUCAUCGUCUGCCGGGAGGGAACGAGAAAGGACCACGGGAGGUGCUCGCAGCAGUGUCACGAGGAGUGUGAUGGGUGUAGGACGACCGGAUCUGACUCACCAACAGACUGUAUAGCAUGCAAACACUACAGCGUGGGAUUCCCAUACAUAGAAGGGGACAGUGGUUCCUUCACAUGCGUGGCUACCUGUCCAGAACACAUGGAACCGGCUACUGACACCAAGAAGUGUACCUGCAUGAAACAGAUGGAAGAAAGCGGCGAAGGAGGAACUGUGACUUGUGUAACGGAAUGCCCGCUCACCCACUACGACGAUGGAAAUGUGUGCAAAGUGUGCAGUACCUUCUGCAAAGAUGUGAGUGGCAAGGGGACACGAGUUUGCACAGGGCCUAACAGUGGCGACUGUAGUGUCUGCCGGUACACCACUUCGGAUGGUGCCUGCUUGGAAGGCUGCAGCCCGGGCCAAAAGGCUGUUGCACAAGACGAAGGUGGGUUCAGAUGUGACCAGUGCCAGCCUGGUCAUAAGUGUGUGAGAGGAGACGAGAUGGAGGAAAUCUGCCCCGCGGGGACCUACAGCAGCCCGGAGAGGACCAGCUGUCUGGAAUGUACAGCCGGCCAGUUCAGCAGCUCGGGAUCACAGUACUGUCAGGAGUGUCCCUCUGGGAAGUACAGCGCGAACAGCGGGUCCAGCACCUGUACAGCUUGUCCUUCCGGACAGUACAGCUCCAGCAGCGGGUCCAGCAGCUGUCAGGUCUGUCCAGUUGGGCAGUACAGCGCAAGUACCGGGGCCACGAGCUGCCAAGACUGUCCAGCCGGACAGUUCAGCAGAGUUGGAGGGUCCAGUAGCUGUGACGACUGUCCCGCAGGGCAGUACAGUGCGGAUGCCGGGUCCAGCAGCUGUGAGGCUUGUGCUGUAGGAUACACCAGCGAAGAAGGAGCUACAGAGUGUUAUGACUGGGACGACUGCUCACCCAACCCCUGUGAGAACAACGGAGUUUGUACCGACGGCGUUAACUCGUUCACCUGCGCCUGUCAGGACCGAUACACGGGUGACAGAUGCCAGGUGAGACCAGCAUGCCCAGCCAACUUUAUGGAGUAUGGCACAAAAUGCUUCCAUCUCGGAGAGUCAACCAUGAACUACUAUACAGCCAGAAGUAGAUGUAGGGCGGCGCAGUCCCAACUCGCCAUGCCCAAGGACGAAGCAACAAACACAUUCAUCGCCGACCUCAUCAGAGGCAGUCAAAGAUCUGGCGGCAGCUACUGGAUCGGGCUGGGCUUUGAUGAGGACGUGGACUGGUGGACGUGGGAGGACAACACUCCUCUCGGGUGGAAGAACUGGAAACCGGGUGAACCAAACAACAGUAAUGAGAAUUGUGUGCAUUUUCUUCCGGGCAGCGAUGAGUGGGGCGGUGGAAUCUGCGGAGCUGAAAUGUACUAUGUAUGCCAGAGGAACGCCGAGUGAAGUCCAACAGCAUGGAUCCAGCCCGGACCCGCUUCUAAUGUACUGCUGUGUAUGAUUAUCCUUGCAUAACCGGCUUCCGUCACACUUUCUCGCUAAGGCUAUCGUCACAUUUCCGAAUCGGGGCGCGGACGGGAUGUUUUAAGAAACGGAAAAUUACAAUGUAUACCUAGAAAUAUGCACAAAUCAUGCCCAUGAAUCAUAUUUUAACAUUUUGUGUAUUUUGAUACAUUUUAUAUAAUUCUUGUUGGAAGGGUCCUCAGGGGAAUUCAAGAAGUUGUUGCUACAGUAUUCGUUAUUCGUCCGCAUUCAGGCUUCAAUUAUUGGUAAAUUUAACCCCAAAUGAUUCAAGUAUAACUAUUAAUUCUCUGAGGAAUUAGUGCCCACUAGCAUCACCUUUACUCAGUAUGGCAUGUACACAAGGUACCCUAAUUGUAAGUAUGAUCCACUCAGACCGGGAAGGACCCCUACUCUUUUCGAUAAGUGCGGUGGGUUCGAAGUGUGGCUCUCCUAAAACACGGGUCCUCCAUUUAACGUUCUGUCCGAGAGACGGCUUGCGUGGUGUACUAGUAUUAUAUGGCGUUCGACUCAAAAUGUGCAGCAAAGUGUAUCUGUUUUUUAAACUAUCUAUCAACUUUUUCUGUUCAGACUUUUAGAAGUGUCUAAAUAAGUGUUUUUCAUUAUUAUAACUAUAUUAUAAUUCUUCUUCCCUAUUAUGUGCACAAUCAUUAACUUGAUUAGUUUGGCAUUUAUUUGGUGCAUCGUGCUACCUUAUCUGUAGUUUUUCAUUUUAUUCUAACAAAAAA